GCCCUCGGCAUUCAGAGCUGCGUCUCGCGCUUCGGCACGUACCCUUCGUUCUGGAAUGGCCUCUUUGGUGGGCUCAAGGCGGCGCUGCCGACCUCGCUGCUCAUGGAUCGCGGCAAGAUGCAGGGGCUCGCCAUCUUUUCGAUGCCGAUCAUCCGCGCCGUGGACGCGCUUGUGGGCGGCACCAACGCCAUGCGCGUGGACGCGUGGGGUAAGGACGGCACCAAGGUAACGCUGCGAUGCGCGCACAAGGACCUCGAGGAUUGCGUCGGCCAGGCCACGGCCGCGUUCGGGAUGGAGCUGCUGCGAGGAAAGGGCGCCACGGGCGACCCGACGAUCGGUCCCGGUGUCUGGUACCCGGCCGAGCUGCAGGCGGACGCGCGCAGCAACAUUCUGGCCGUGGCGAGGCAGAAGACGCUGGUUUGGGAGGUGUAG